AUGUCUUCUGCCGCGUGCAUUUUCUGCAAGAUUAUCAAGGGUGACAUCCCUUCCUUCAAGAUCUUCGAGAGCGACAAGGUCUUUGCCUUCCUCGACAUCCAGCCUCUCAGCCGCGGCCAUGCACUCGUCAUCCCCAAGUUCCACGGCGCCAAGCUGACCGACAUCCCUGACGAGGACCUCCUUGAGAUCUUGCCCGUCGCCAAAAAGAUCGCCCUCGCCAGCGGCGCUACCGAUUUUAACAUUCUCCAGAACAACGGCAGCAUUGCGCAUCAGGUCGUUGAACACGUUCACUUCCACAUGGUAAAUUUUCAUCAACGUCCCUUUGCAACGAUCUCUCGAAUGCCACUUUUGCCGCAUACAAGAGUCUACAUACUGACCAUUGUUUUACAGAUUCCCAAGCCUAACGAGCAGGAGGGUUUGGGCAUUAGCUGGCCUGCCAAGGAGUCGGACAUGGAUAAGCUGAAGGCUCUGCUUGAGGAAAUCAAGUCUAAGAUUUAA